CCAAAUUCAAUACUAUCUGUUCGUUUCCCCCCAAAAGCUUCCCCAAUUACGAUACGCUCUCAUAAGAGUAUAGUCUGCUUUCAAAUCAAUCACUCCUAUCACCAACAAUGGCGGGCGAGAAUGAUUUUGAAGAGUGGGAUGAAGAAUUCUUGAAAGAAGCUAUCAAAUCCACCGAAGCCGCCGUUUGUUCUUCUUCCUUAAACCCUAUCCAACCGCCACCAAAAUUAUUCCUGCCGCCUCCGCCACCCCAUUAUGCCCCUCACAUCAGUUAUUCUCCUCCUAGAGAGUUGUCUCAGAGAGUCAAAGAAGAUAAUCACAGAAACUUUCCGGUUAUGGGUUUCGAUUGCCCAGUCUCGUUGAAUGGAAUCAAUCGAGGUCUCACUACUGCGCCUUCGUUUCCUCAUUCUUCUCGAUUGCACGACGAGGAGAAAUGUUCCAAACAGCAGGAAAUCAAUCAGUUGAAGGUUUCUUCUCCUAGAGAGUUGUCUCAGAGAGUGAAAGAAGAUAAUCACAGAAACUUUCCAGUUAAGGGUUUCGAUUCCACAGUGUCGAUGAAUGGAAUUAAUCGAGGUCUCAACAGUGCGCCUCCGUUUCCUCAUUCUUCUCUAUUGCAUGACGAGGAUAAAUGUUCCAAACAGCAGGAAAUCAACCGGUUGAAGGAAGAGUUGGGAAGAGUAUCGAAGGUGCUUACUAACCUGGAACAAGAGUGUUUGGAGCUCAGGAAGGAUAGAGAAAAGAAUGAGAAGCAUCUUAGAUCUGUACUUCCAGUAAAUGGAUCUAAAGAUCCUGAAGCUUUAUGUACAAAUAAGUCAAAUCUGAAAAAUAAAGAUCCUUUUGAAGACCACACUAUCAUUCAUCCGGGAACUAAAGGUGUAAUACCCUGCAAGGCUGUGGGGGUUCAGACUGAUGAUGAUGAGUUGAUGAUAAAGAAGAGCUUAUCAGUUACCAAUCAUUCAAGAAAGUUGGCAGACAUUUGGGAACCAGGAAAUGAUCAACAACCAAGAAAUAACCUCGUUUCCAAGUUGUUUGUUGCAUGUGGAGCAGAUCUACAGGUCUUAUUUGGUUGCUUAGGUUUGAACAUUCCAUCUAAAAAAACCACAACCAAAAUGGAAUCUUUUAAUCAUGAUCUUUUGGACAUGGCUCCAAACCAUCAUAUUCAGUCUGUUGAAGCUGCAAAAGUAUCUCAUCUCUACUUAACAUUGACAAAGAUUAGUUAUGAUAUAGGAAGAUUGGACGAUUUGUUAGAAGCAUUGGUUACUCUUUGUCAUGUUCAAAAUAAGACGAUUGUUCACAGAUCUCUUUGUGUGCUUCAUGUGGUUUUGAAACACAUUUUCGUUAUGGAAAACAAAGGAUGCAGCAGUGUACUGUGCUCAGGGACAAUGUCAUUGUUAAUGAAAAACAUUCUGAAGUCAGACAUCUGUUUCCUGAUAAUCCACAUCAUCCAGUCCUUUCAAGCUUGAUAAAUGCUAAGAAGGUUGGUGAUUCUUCCUCAUUCAAAUGGUUUUCUUAUUAUCAAACGAUGCAUCAAAUCAUCAUGACACAUAGUGAAGAAGUUAUAAGAGUGGAGGCAGUUUCUAUAAUGAAUAUUCUUCUUCUAAGAACCGAUGCUUAUAAAGAAAGGAAGAUGUAGGUAUGGAGAGGUGCCAGUCUUUGAAACUAUUUCUCAGCUUUUAAGAAAGGAAGCUGGGGUUGCUGUGCAAAAGCAAACUGUGGAUCUUCUUUACCUCCUGCUAAAUUGUCCAAGUUUAAUGUUGAUGUUCUGUUCAUCUUGUAAAGAAGAGGGGACAUCUUCUGACAUUCCAACCACAAGUACCGAAACUGCCCCUGCAUUUAAAGGGACAGGUGCUAUACUAGAGGGUUUAGCCGAUUGUCUAGCUUCCCGUGGAAAUGGUGCACCAAAAACCUUGGUGUUGAAACUGCAAAGGAAUGCCAUCAUUGUGGUGGCUUUCUUGGCAUCAUCAGGGAGACGUGGGUUUGAAUUUUUGUUGGGACGUGAUCCUUGUAGUAGAAGAAGCAAUUUUCUAUUUUUGAUUCUACAAGUUUUGGCAUCUGAAAUUGAUGUAGAAGAAGCAUCCUCCUCCUCCUCCUCCAAGGCUUGUGAUGAUUUCAGAGAAAGGACAUUGGUGAUACGUGAGGCGUUGAUUCUUUUGAACAGAGUGGCAUCAAAUCCUCAAUACUCAACACCAGUUUUGCGUCUUCUCACAAACAGAAGAGGAGACAUGGCAUGCCUGACCAUUGACAUUGCUACCAGGUUAUCUAGGAAACCCCUCAAUUGCUUGUGGCAUCAUCAAAAAUCUCUUGACACUAUUUCAAAGCAGAUGAGGGAAUCAGAGAUUCCGGAUUUAGCUCGCAUUUUUAAAAGGAGAGUCUUUAGUUUCUUAGGGGAUCCCCUCCCCUCUGCCUCCGCCUCCGCCUCUCAUUAGAAAAAUAAAUAAAAAAACUUACUUGCCCCAAAUCCCACACUUUUUUGGAAACCAGUUUUGUGUCUUUACCAGUGUUGUAAG